GCCCGCUCCAUUGUGUUCAUCCGUCAUGCUAGGCUCGUUCCCAGCUCGUUCUGGCGAAAUUAGAGGAGUGCACAAAAGGGGACAAGCGCCUCUAAGGACUGGCUUGCGAGUCUACCGUCAUGCGACUCAUGUCCAUCCUGUCGAAUUGGGCGAACAUCAGCGGUGCGUCUGUAACAAGCUAUCAUGUCUCUUUCUAUGCGCCCUAUGCCCAAGAUUUCAAUUUCAAAUAGCCCGGACUCAUGACCUCUCUUCGCCUUGAAGUGUUCAUCGGAGAGCACCCAGCCUCGCCGUCACUAGCAUCUGCUUUGACGACCUUUCCCAGUCGAUUGCAUGUCGUCGCACAGCCUGCAGUCUACAAAUAAACCGCGUCACAUCUAAGGGCAGUGUCAUAUCUGUCAAUCGCACUUCUCAACUGCCAGUGCCAUGUCGCGCACUGCCGGGUCCCGGUCAUAGCGGUUGAAGCGCUCUCGCCGCGAACCGAUCAGGUCGGCGGACCUAUGGCUUAUAAGGCUCCGUGCGUUGUUAUCUCCUGUUGCUAUUUUCGAUCUCUCGUUCAUUCUCAACCACUACUCUGCACUGGCAGGUGCAUCGCCGAUCUCCGCAGCCGACAAACUUCAGUAUUCAUGGCUGGCAUUCCAGCAAGUCUUCUCGACUUGAACGACGAUGUUCUCGUCACCCUUGCGUCUUACCUUGAUUCGACAUCCGCCCUCCGACUCUCGUGGACUUCCAUCGGGAAAAGCCCCAUUUUAGAAUGCGCCGAAUUGUCGAAGUAGUAUACAGAAUGUCUAGUAAUAAUCACCAUUCGACUGUUCCAUAUAUUCCGGGGAAUUCGCUACCCCCUUGUGGGCAUGCAAGACAAUGGAACGAGAAUGAGAACUCAUUACAUGUAUCUGUCUUGUAUUCUGCGAUACAAUCUGAG